AUGAUGACCCUAAGAAUGGCUCAAAUAACUUUUUUGCGAAUGAGGCCACUGGCACCUGUCAUAUAUGGCCUUUUCUGGCAAAAUUUAACUACUCCAUAUCGCUCGUUCGCAAUCUCUCCUUUCGAGGUGAGCGGUUUGCAAUGGGUAUUUCAUCCGUUGUCUCGGGAGUUCCUGUCGGAUGUGGAAGCAAUGCGAAAAGAGCUAAAUGCAAAGAAGUUGUCGCUGUCACCAAUCAUUGGCGAAUAUGACGGUUGGUUUGUCCCGAAGUUGUUCUCUUUCUCGUGGCAUAUUUCCUUGUGUGCUCGCCUGUUCCAUCCCUCGGUACUGCUUUCGAAUCUCACUUCAGGAGACGUGCUUUCACGACUUCGUGCGGCAUUCAAACUCCGGCUACUAACAUUAUUAGCUAAUGAACUGAGCGGAGAGAACACUGCAAAAGAUAUUGACAUCGUCGAUGUUUCUCGACUUCUUGUUAGCAUCUCUACUUCGAACGGUCUCCCUAAAAAGGAGAACAACUGGGACUGUGCCACAAUGAUCACCGAAGGCGACGCAAUGUGCACUUGGUGGACGCACGUCUUCACGUGUGCACUACUUUGGAAGCAAGGACUACGUGAAAAGGCCAAGCAGCACUAUGCCGUCGUUAGGCGAUGUCCACCGGAGCUGCUAAACAGUCCUCUGGCGCUUGCGCUUGGACAUGCAUUCUGUUGUCGAAAGUUGUGCAUCGAUGACAGAGACAAUGUCAAUUUCGGCAAAUUUGUCUUCAUUCAUUCACGUAAGGCGCUAGAACAAUUGCGGAUGGUUUGCGCACGUGAAUGCACAUUGGAAGUCAGCCAGUUGCAGGCAAAACUGCAUCGUCUCGCAUACGAAUGGGUUAUGUCGUCUUUAUUAGACGCUUGGCGUCAGGAUCUUGAGCCACAGAUCCCAUACUGGUGUCAGCAUGCUCGGGCCGAUUAUCGAACACUCUACCAAGAAGCUUGCAAUCACUACACGCAUCUUCAUCUCCAUGGAGGAGGCGAGCGAGGAAGUCGGCUUGCUACUUACCAGCUGACAUCACGUAUGCUCAACGGUGCCAAUCCGCUCCAUACCUGGACAGCUGUAUGUCGUAUACGAAAAGAACGCUACGACGCGGUUCGUCCUUUCUUCAACUUCUGA